CCGUGAUAAUAAUUUAAUAAUUUAAUUUUUAAAUUAUACUUCCAUCAUAAUUAUUAAUUGAGUACCUAUUACUUAUUAUAAUUAUUAAUUGGUAGUUUGGUACAUUUGAUGACUAGUUACUUUUUAUUAGAUAGAACGAUUUAGGAUUUGAAAUGAAAGAAAUAUUUCAGUUACCUGAUACUUUGCCAGUAUUCUAUGAAUCCAAUUCAUCAGAAAAAGUGUUAGUCGAGUUCAAAGGCAAAGAUGUUUUACACAUCAUCGGGACUGUUGAUGUUAGCGUUUUGGAAGGAAAGAUAGAAACAUGGGGUUAUACAAUGACCGUGGACACUCCAAAGACUGUAUUGUACUCUAUAGGAUUGCGCGGAUUGAUUCCUAUUAAAUCGGCUGACGGACAGAAAGCAGUUGUUGUACUUGAGAAGAGCGGCCAAACCAGCAAAUGGAAAACAUUUUUAAACAAAUAUGCUCCCGAUUAUAGCGUGUUUGACAUAAACGGAAGUAGAUUAACUCCACCCAAACUUUUACUAGAACUAGAAGAACAAUUGGGUUGUUGGUUUGAUCUAAGCAAAACUCCAAUGUCAAAUCCAAGACUUGUGAACGAUGAACAAUGGCAAGGUUUCUGUAAUGAACUUCUUAAUCGUUCUAUUGAUUUAGAACCAAUUAGAGUUUUGAUCGCUGGAUACAGAGAUUCCGGAAAAUCAACAAUGAUGUGUUAUUUCAUAAAUAAAUUGCUUAUAAAAUUCGACAGAAUAUUAGUAUUGGACUUUGAUAUUGGACAAAGUGAAUUUCUCUUACCUAGAUGUAUAUCAGCAUUUGUUAUUGAUAAACCAUUGCUGGGACCAAAUUUUACACAUUUCAUGCAGCCCUUGAAAUCAUAUUUUUUUGAAAACAAUGAUGUUAUGAACAAUGUACCACUUUACAAUGAAAUUGUUGAAAAAAUAGUCAACGAUAUCAAAUCAAACGAUCUGGAAAAAAUGCCAUGUUUUAUAAACACCAUGGGAUUUGUUCAAGGACCAGGACUUGAAAUCUUACAUAAUCUUAUAUCUAAAGUUAAACCAUCUGAUGUAGUUCAGCUUAAGUUUAAUGACAAUCAAGAUUUAAACUUGCACUCAGAAAUUAUAAACGACAGUACAAAAUCUUCUUUGUCAUAUAAUCUUUGGUAUUUUACAUCUACUGCUAAAAAUAAACUUGCUAAGGCACCUCAUUUUCAAUUUGUUGAAAAGCCUAUUAGACAACAAUUGUUAAUAGCAUCAUAUUUCAGUAAAUGUUUGGAAAGUGCAGAUAUUUAUUUUAACGAUGUUGUCCCUUACAGAACUAACAUCCAAAAUAUUAAUAUCCAUAUAAAGGAUGUUGAUGAAUUAACUCAAGAUGAAUCCUUAGAUUUAAUAAAUGCCAAUGUGGUUGCUCUGUGUGUGGACAACCAUACAAAUUUAUGUGAAUGUGUUGGAUUUGGUGUUGUUCGUGCUGUAAAUAAAUCUACAGGUGAUAUAUAUGUAACUACUCCUGUAACAUCAGAUGUAUUGAAACGCGUCAAUCAGAUCAGGCUUGGUAAAGUUAAUUUGCCAUACACAUUCUAUACAGAAGGCACACAAAAUCCAAAAUAUGUUUGUGUAAGGCAGGACAGCAUAUUGAAUGAAAAUGUUUACAGGCAACAUAAAGCGUUAUUCUUAUAAAUGUUUUAAUAACAAUAUUGUUCCUUAUCAAUAUCCAAAAUAAUAAUAAAAAAAAUAAUAACAAAAAAAAA